UUCGUGGGUGUCUCUCUUUCCUGGCAAUAUGUCCACCUCCACUAUCAGGCAGUACACCUCCUCCUCCUCUAUGAAGGGGACUUCAUUUGGUGGGGGUUCUUCUCGGCUGUCCUCUGUCCAUUAUGGUGGGGGAUACAGAGCCCCCAGCAUCCACGGUGGGGCUGGUGGCAUCUCUGUCUCUUCCUCUCGCUAUGUCUCUGGACUAGGCAGCGGCCUUGGUGGCGGCUAUGGGGGCAGCAGCUACUGCAGCAGUUUUGGUGGGGGCUUUGGUGGAGGCAGCAUGGGUGGCGGCUUUGUUGCUGGUGGUGAUGUCCUUCUGGCUGGGGGUGAGAAGGAAACCAUGCAGAACCUGAACGACCGCUUGGCUGCCUACCUGGACAAGGUGCGAGCGCUGGAGGUGGCCAACAGUGACCUGGAGGUGAAGAUCAGGGAGUGGUACAAGAAGCAAGGACCUGGUCCAGACCGGGACUACAGCCACUAUUUCAGGAUUAUUGAAGACCUGCGGAGCAAGAUUCUUUCUGCCACUACUCAAAAUGCCAGCAUCCUCCUGCAGAUUGACAAUGCUAAGUUGACUGCUGAUGACUUCAGAACCAAGUUUGAGGCAGAACAGGCCCUGCGCCUAAAUGCUGAGGGUGACAUCAGUGGCCUGCGCAGGGUCUUGGAUGAACUAAACCUGAGCAGAGCUGAUUUGGAAAUGAAGUUAGAACAUCUAAGGGAAGACUUGGUUGAUCUGCAGAAGAACCAUGAGGAGGAAAUGAGAGGUCUCCGAAGCCGGGUGGGUGGAGAAAUCACGGUAGAAAUGGAUGCUGCUCCUGGGGUGGACCUGACCAAGAUCCUGGCAGAGAUGCGCGAACAGUACGAGAGCCUGGCGGAGCAGAACCGUAAAGAUGCUGAGCAGUGGUUCUUCAGCAAGACUGAAGAGCUGAACCGAGAAGUUGCCAUUAAUACAGAGCAAUUGCAGAGCGGCAAAUCGGAACUCAUAGAGUUGAGACGAAGCCUUCACGUUCUGGAAAUAGAGCUGCAGUCCCAGAUCAGCAUAAGAGCAUCACUGGAAGACACCCUGGCAGACACAGAGUCCCGCUACGGUGCCCAGCUUGCCCAGAUCCAGGCCCUGAUCACCAGCAUGGAGGAGCAGCUGGCCGAGCUGAGGUGUGACAUGGAGCGCCAGAACCACGAAUACAAGAUCCUCCUCGACGUCAAGACCCGCCUGGAACAGGAGAUCGCCACCUACCGGCGCCUGCUGGAGGGAGAGGAAGCCCAGUAUGAAGCCUCCACAGGUUCUGCCAAGGGAUUGUUUAGUAGUGUAGGACCCACAACCACCCGCCAGGUCCGCACAAUUGUCGAGGAAGUCCAAGAUGGAAAAGUGAUCUCAUCUCGUGAACAGGUCCAUGUCUCUGGGCAUUAA